AUGUGCUCAAGAGACUGCCUGAAAUUGCUUUAUGUACGGCAAGACCCUUUCCUCAAUCUGAAGAAGAUCCUGCAUAUGCGCAACUCUCCACUGCAACGCCCACCAUCGGCAUUAAGUAAUACCAAGAUGCGAAAAUUACUAUCAGUGCUCAAGAUCCUCAAUACUUCAGACCUUGCCGAUGAAGACGAUGAAGAGACUGAAGAAGAAGAGUAUGUUGAAGAAACGGAUGAUGAAGCAAGAGAGCAAGAGGUGGAUCAACCAGAUCAAGCUGCUGCCGAAGAAACGGACGAUGUGCGAGUGCAAGCUGCUGCCGAAGAAACGGACGAUGUGCGAGUGCAAGCUGCUGCCGAAGAAACGGACGAUGUGCGAGUGCAAGCUGCUGCCGAAGAAACGAACGAUGUGGGAGUGCAAGCUGCUGCCGAAGAAACGGACGAUGAAGCAAGAGAGCAAGACGUUGAGGUGGAUACAGAUCAAGCUGCUGCCGAAGAAACGAACGAUGUGGGAGUGCAAGCUGCUGCCGAGAUGGGACACGGAUCAGUCAAUCAAGAGGGACAAACCUUCGAUAUGCCUAGAGCCACUGUACUGACAAUGGACGCAGGGGGAAAGCUUGCACUAUUGCUUGACAUCCUACACAAUCAGGUGUUAGCCAUCGGAGUCAAAGCCGGAAUGAACAAUGCAGUCUUGUGA